AAGCCCGCAUCUUGUUAAUAUUUAACACGAAGCACUAUAUUAAAGUGGAUUCAUUUUCUCUGGUAUUUUAAUCCUGUGUUCCUUUAUAAGUUUAAUAGAACGGGCUGUUUACAAUAAACAUGCAGACUUGUGUUAUCUGACUAUCGGAAUGAUACAGACAGACACAAUUGGUGAAUACCAAGCAAACAGAAUAUCGCUUAAACUUGCAGAUGUUUCUAAGAUGUCGAAGACAGGUGAUAAGAAUUUUGAAGAUCCUCCAAGCAUUUCCACUAAUUUCCCUCCACAGAUUUAAUAUACAAGUAGCUACCAAGCACAGACAAUCUUUUAUCUUAAUAUCCCAAUUAUCCACUCCAGUCGCCUGCAAUAAAUUCUAAAGUCUUAAAGCCAGACAAGCUGUAAGACUAGAGCGUAAGGGUUGUUCUCGGCCUUGCCAAUGGUUUAUCUACCACGGCCAAUCAGAAGCCUAAAAUAUGUCAGUUUUAUUUACAUAUGAAAGAACUACCUACGGGUAGAACAUGAAUUAAACAUUUACUCUCUAGUGCACUAGGGAAAACAAGGACUAUAAAUAAGGCAAAAGCAGGCCAAAUCCCCACUUCACACUUUCAAAUGCUCUCCGCAAAUCAGUGAGCAACCUCAUCGCAGCCAUGGAGCAAAAUGAAAAGAGGGCAGCAAAGCUUUCAACAUAGAGCACGAAAGUGGAGGGAGGUCUGGGACGAACUCACAUGUGACGUCACAUAUCCCACCCUCCACAGGAAACCCAGAACGCUUGUGACUAAGGCAGAGUGUUCAACAUAGAGCCUCGUUAUCAUGCAAGCGGCAGGCUUUGCAACAGCUGCAGCUACUCGGGAUCGGAGUGAAAGCCGGUUCAGCCGAGGCGAGGAAGUCGAGAAAUACAUCCGCCCGACGAGUCGACUAGGCUGCGCGCGCAUAAAGAUCAAUGUCAGCGGUAUGGUGUUUGAGACCUACGAGGAAACCCUAGCUCAGUACCCGCAAACGCUUCUGGGAUGCCCACAAAAACGAGUCCGUUACCUGGACCCGAACAGCGGCGAGUACUGUUUUGACAGGGACAAAUCAUUAUUCAAUUCUAUUCUAUUUUUCUACCAGUCGCAUGGAAUCCUAGCCUGCCCUGGGGAUGUCUCGAAGGAGUUGUUUUUGAAGGAGGUGAAGUUCUUCCAGCUCCACCAGGCGGUGGAGAAACUAAAAAAAGACUUGGAACCUAUUGUAGAGCCUCCGCAACCUAUUCUUCUUCCUGAUCACGCAAUAAAACGGAAACUAUGGCUUCUCUUCGAGUUUCCGCACUCGUCGCGAUGUGCGAGUUUUUUAGCGAAUUUCUCCGUUUUCGUGAUUGUUGUAUCUACUGUGACGUUCUGUAUGGAGACAAUUGAAUCAAUUGGGUACAACUUUACGAACAUUUGUGAUUCGGUAGCAAACAACACGAAUUCAGCAUUGAAUGAAUCCUUUAUCGAGGUAAAGAAUGCGACACAAUCAAACUGCAUUAUCAAAGGAGAGCAAGUGGAAUUUUGGAGUACUAUAGAGGCCGUGUACGUCACGUGGUUCACAUUAGAGUAUCUUAUAAGAGUUAUUUGCGCGCCGGUUAGAUGCAAGUUUAUGAAAUCCGCCAUGGGUUUGGUGGACUUUCUAGCAAUAAUCCCAUUCUACAUAACCUUGCUUGCUCAGAACAACAUAAUCGCUGGGUUCCCUGUCUUGCGUAUUGUUCGUCUCUUCCGGGUGAUCCGGGUAUUAAAGCUGUCUCGUUACAGUCGUGGACUCAAGCUUCUCGCUAAGACUCUUGUUCUCAGCGGAGGAGAUCUACCCUCCAUCCUAGCCGUUCUAAUAAUCAACAUAAUUCUAUUUUCAAGCAUUGUUUACUACGUCGAAAACGGCAUCAAAGAUAGCGAUUUCAAAAGUAUCCCGGAUGCGUUUUGGUGGUCUGUUGUUACCAUGACAACGGUAGGGUACGGGGACCAGGUGCCGAAAGGCCCCCUGGGAAGACUAGUGGGUGCUAUUUGCGCGGUGUCCGGGAUAGUGAUUCUCUUCUGCUUUCCCACGCCCGUACUGUUAUCGCAUUUUGAGGAGAUGUACUCAUUAAGCGAUAAAAAAAAGCCGAAAAAUAGCAACAAGGAUACCGAUAGAAUCAAUUCUGAAGAUAACUCGGCAGCUGGUAUGAUAAGUAAGAGAGUUGAACAUAUUACAGUGGAAUUUACGGUGUGAUAUUUGUUAUUUAGCCACAUACAGAUUUCAGGGUAUUCAAAGGAAAUUAUUUGUUUGAUUGUAGUGGCAGUGCCCUUUUUGAAUAAAUGAAUUAAUAAAUCAUGAA